GAUAGAUCUCUCAUCUUGCUCAUUCCAUUGAAUCCCUUCUACCUUCCUAUCCAAUCUGUUCUGACACACCUUACCUGACUGUCACUCAAUUGCUGCCCUGAGAUAUACCAUGGGUUUCUUGUUGAAGAAGCCGGAUGAUGCGGUGGGUUCAGCGACCCCCGCCAUCCUCAUUGGCUUGUUUGUCGCCUUUGGCGGUGUUCUCUUUGGAUAUGACACUGGAACCAUCAGUGGCAUCUUGGCCAUGAAAUUCUGGCGGAACAUGUUCUCCACCGGAUACAUCAACCCGAAAGAUGACUACCCGGAUAUCACCUCUUCGCAGUCUUCCAUGAUUGUGUCGUUGCUGUCGGCCGGUACUUUCUUUGGCGCCCUGGCCUCUGCACCCGUGGCGGAUUACUUUGGCCGUCGUAUGGCUAUGAUCAUCGAGUCCUUCGUGUUUUGCUUCGGCGUUGUUCUCCAGACCGCAGCGACCUCGAUCCCGCUGUUUGUUGCCGGCAGAUUCUUUGCCGGGUUUGGUGUUGGUCUACUUUCUGCCACAAUCCCUCUCUACCAGUCCGAGACUGCCCCGAAGUGGAUCCGUGGUACCAUUGUUGGCGCCUACCAGCUGGCCAUCACCAUCGGGCUGCUGCUCGCUUCUAUCGUCAACAAUGCCACCAAGGACCGGAUGGACACUGGCUGCUACCGCAUUCCCAUUGCCCUUCAGUUCGCAUGGGCUAUCAUCCUCGUAGUCGGAAUGCUUGUGCUCCCCGAAACCCCACGCUUUUUGAUCAAGAAGGAUCGCCAUGAGGCUGCUGCCAAGGCACUCGCCCGGCUCCGUCGCAUGGACGUUGACGACCCGGCCGUCGUGGAUGAGCUGGCGGAGAUCCGGGCCUCCCACGAAUACGAAAUGAGUCUGGGCAAGGCCAGCUUCCGGGACAUCGUUACCGGCUCCCUGGGCAAGCGACUGGCCACUGGGUGUGCUGUCCAGGCGCUUCAACAAUUGGCUGGUGUCAACUUCAUCUUCUACUACGGAACGACCUUCUUCGAGCGCUCCGGCAUCUCGAACGGGUUUGUCAUUACCCUCAUCACCAACAUCGUCAACGUGGUCUCCACCUUCCCGGGUCUCUACAUGGUUGAGAAGUGGGGUCGCCGGCCUCUGUUGCUGUUUGGCGCGGUCGGCAUGUGCGUAUGCCAGCUGAUCGUGGCUAUUGUCGGCAUGGUGGCCGCCUCCGAUGUGGCCAACAAGGUCCUCAUCGCCUUUGUCUGCAUCUACAUCUUCUUCUUUGCCAGUUCCUGGGGCCCGGUCGCUUGGGUGGUGACGGGUGAACUGUACCCCCUGAAGGCUCGCGCCAAGUGCCUCUCCAUCACGACCGCCACGAACUGGCUGCUCAACUGGGCGAUCGCAUACGCCACGCCCUACAUGGUGGACUCCGGCCCGGGCAAUGCCAACCUCCAGUCCAAGGUCUUCUUCAUCUGGGGUGGAUUCUGCUUCGUCGCGGGGGUGUUCGUGUACACGUGCAUCUACGAGACGAAGGGGCUCAGCCUGGAGCAGGUGGACGAGCUUUACGCGAUGGUGUCGGCGGCCUGGCGCUCUCCCGGGUGGGUUCCCUCGGCGCAGUUCGAUGGAGCUGCCGGCAAGGCUGGGGCCAGCGUCAUGGAAGUGGAGGGUGAUCUUCCGGUGAAGCGCGAGGCACACCAUGUUGAGGAGGCUUAAUGGGGGUGACUGGUUGGAUCGGUUGCUUUCUCUUUCCUGUUGAUAUUGGCGUAUGAUAUGAUGUAUUUAGCGUAUGACAUGAUGGAUAUGAAUUUUGAUGGAUUUAAUUCUGUGGA